AUGAGGGUACCACUCUAUGUGUUCAUUUUUGCGAUCCUUGGCUCAGUCAGCUCGAAACUCAUUUCUGUUCACGUCGUAGGUUAUUUUCAACUUUUUUUUGAAUCUCUACUUCUCAAGUUCAGGUUUUCCGUCAUGGAGCCAGAGCGCCCGUUCUCAACGUCACUUCAGAGGAGGCAAAAACUUAUUUUUAUCGUGGUUUAGGCCAACUGACGGACGUAUGUUAUCUUAACAAAAUUAAUCUCCUCCGAUCAUGUUAUCUCUUGUUUUCAGGAAGGUAUCGAGCAGGCACAGUUGAUCGGAGAGCUUCUCAAGGACAGAUAUGUGGAUUCCACUUUCAUCGACGCCAAGAUGAUUCCAUCACAAGUUGGAGAGACUUUUAGAAUUCAAAAUAUACAGUAGUGUUAUUUUUAGUUGGUAUUCCGGAGUAGCCCUGUGGAGAGGUGUUUGAUGACGAUUCAGACCGUUGGCAAUGUCAUGUUUUCCAAUGUGACUCCACCGGUGCAAACAGUGGCGAGGGACGAUGACUUUGUACAUCAUCUGGACAAACGACAAAAAAAACACGUUAUGAUUUCAGUUAUUAUUGCCAAAAAUGGAUUGCCCAUUCCUCAUCGAUGACUAUCAGAAACAUUUCAAUUUGAGCGAGAAAGAGAAGAAUGUAGCCAGAAAGCAUAUUGUAUGUUUAAGAAAAUCAAGAAAAGUCUGAAGGCGGUACUUUUUUAGUGGGAUAUCAGCGAAAGGGCAUUGGCACGAGCGGCUCUCGACACUGAACAUCUGAAAAAUCGGUCCAAAGAAAAUAUUCCUGCUCUGUUGCUGGAAAAGGAAGCAGGUCUCGCAGUUCCUUCUUGGUUCAAUGAAGAAGCAUACAAAGAGGCAAAGGAAGUGUUCUAUGGGGUAAAACUCCACUAAAAACUGAGUUCAUUCCACAUUUUCUCUUUCAGGCACUGUCGGUCAUGUCCUCUGUUGGAGAUUAUUACAGUCCGAGAGGGAUCCGGCCAAAAGCCGGACUUCUUUUAAACCAAAUCUUCGAAGACAUUAACAAAAGAGUGAAUUGUUAUCAGGAAAACAAGAAAGACUGCGAGCUGAAACGAUUCCAGGCUUUCAGCACGGUGAGCAAAACUUUUAUUUGACUGGAGCACAAUUUCAUUUCUUCAGCACGAUAUCCUCAUUCUAUCCAUUCUCGAGGCUCUCGGACUCCGCGAAAGUGUGCUUGGCCCAAAGACACCGCCAGAGUUCAUGGCCACUCUUAUCAUUGAGACAAGGUUGAUUGAUGGAGAAGCGGUGGUGAAGGUUUGACUUUAGUUCAAAGGUAAGGUUAUCAUAACAAACCGAACAUUCCAGGUGAUGUACCGAAAACUUCCGAAAGACUACAAUCCUGAUGUAGUGACAGGUCUAGUCAGAAACUGUCCAGCGAAUCAAGAGUUCUGCCCUGUGAAACUGUUCACUUCCUGCUGCAAUGACUUUCUCACUUCGGAUGCCAAAACGGAGUGCUAUGGGCCUCCGAAUCAUUGGUUCAUGACUCCGUUGUCUUGGAUUUUCAUCGCUGUUUCACUGGCGCUUCUCAUCGUUGUCGCUGUCCUCUUCUUGCUUCUAAUCCGUUACAAAAAGCGCACUUCGCUCAACUUGAAAGUCUGA